AUGCACAAAUCUGAACCAGGAAAACUGAAAGAUUCAAAAAACGUUUCAAAAAUUGAAAAAAAAAUUAGCUGUUUAAGCGCAAAGAAAUACUCAAGUUGGACCACUGGCUCCCGAAGGACAAUCUCAACCCUCCUCUCUCCUCCUCUCCUCUUCUCCUCUCCUCUCUCCUCCUCUCCUCUUCUCUCUCCCUCCUCCUCUCUCUUCCCUCCUCUCCCUCUCUAUCCCCCUCCUCUCCCUCUCUAUCCCUCUCUCAAAAAAACUACUGCCGAAAUACUUCUCUCUCUCUCUCUCUCUCUCUCUCUCUAUCUAUCUAUCUGUUCGUUAGAGAUGCGUUGUUCUUGUUGUACUUUCCUCUUCUUUCUGUUAGUUAUAGCGGUUGUUGGUCUUCUUCUUCCUUCUUCAUCUUCUCCUCCUUCUCCGCCUCUUCCUCCUACUAUUACUCCUACUCCUUCUUUCUUCUUCUUCUUCUUCUUCUUCUUCUUCUUCUUCUUCUCUUCCUCCUACUAUUACUCCUUCUUCUUUUUCUUCUUCUUUUCCUCCUUCUCCUCCUCCUACUAUUUCUUCUUCUUCUUCUUCUUCUUCUUCUCUUCCUCCUACUAUUACUCCUUCUUCUUUUUCUUCUUCUUUUCCUCCUUCUCCUCCUCCUCCUACUAUUUCUUCUUCUUCUUCUUCUUCUUCUUCUCCUCCUCCUACUAUUACUCCUUCUUCUUUUUCUUCUUUUUCUUCUUCUUUUCCUCCUACUAUUACUCCUCCCCUCCCCCUCCUUCUUCUUCUUCUUCUUCUUCUCCUUCUCCUCCUCUUCCUCCUACUAUUUUUUCUUCUUCUCCUCCUCCUCCUCCGCCUCUUCCUCCUACUAUUACUUCUUCAUCUUCUUCUUCUUCUUCUCUUCUUCCUGCUAUUACUCCUUCUUCUUUUUCUUCUUCUUCUUUUCCUCCUACUAUUACUCGUCCUCCUUCUUCUUCUUCUCCUCCUCCUCCUCCUCCUCCACCUUCUCCUCCUCUUCCUCCUACUAUUUCUUCUUCUUCUUCUUCUCCUCCGCCUCUUCCUCCUACUAUUACUACUACUACUACUUCUUCUUCUUCUUCUUCUUUUGUUUUCUUAACUUAUAUUCUUCUUCUGGGAAGGCUGCUAAUGUACUCAGAUUUCUUCCAUGCACAUCAUUUAGUGUCUCCCAUAGAUAAAAGUCUAAAAAAUACGAUCUAUCUAUCUAUCUAUCUAUCUAUCUAUCUAUGCGCACAUAUUUACAGUGUAUAUAUUGGCACAUGUAUGAAUAUUUAUAUACGAAUAUAUAUUAGAAUGCUUCAGCUUCUCUGCAUUUCCAGAAUGUACGUUUUUUCCUCCUCAUCAUAG